GGCUGAACAUUGCUCAAAUAAACAUACACCCAGUUUGUUUGGACUUAGUAUGACCCGUUUAUGUUGUCCUCAUGAUUUUCCUUUGGGAUUUGAAAGGAGGCACCAACUUGGACAUGGAUGAAAAGUCAGUCAGUAAAGAGUUGGACAUGUGGAUUGAACAGCUCAAUGAGUGCAAGCAACUGCGGGAAAAUCAAGUCCAAGAACUUUGUGAAAGGGCUAAGGAGAUCCUGGAAAAGGAGUCCAACGUGCAGGAGGUGAGAUGCCCGGUGACGGUUUGUGGAGAUGUUCACGGUCAGUUUUAUGACCUCAUGGAGCUUUUCAAGAUUGGCGGGAAGUCCCCCGACACCAACUAUCUCUUCAUGGGCGACUAUGUGGACAGAGGCCAUUAUUCUGUGGAGACAGUGACACUCCUUGUUUGUCUGAAGGUCAGAUUUCGUGAAAGAAUCACCAUUCUGAGAGGGAACCAUGAGACGAGACAGCUCACACAUGUGUACGGCUUCUACGACGAGUGCUUGAUGAAAUAUGGAAAUGCCAAUGUUUGGAAGUACUUUACUGAUCUUUUCGAUUAUUUGCCCUUGACUGCUCUGGUAGAUAACCAGAUUUUGUGCCUGCAUGGAGGAUUGUCUCCUUCAAUAGUCACACUGGAAAACAUCCGAGCACUGGAUCGCUUGCAGGAGGUUCCUCACGAGGGUCCAAUGUGUGACCUGUUAUGGUCCGAUCCAGAUGAGCACUGUGGAUGGGACAUCUCGCUCCGUGGUGCCGGUUACACCUUUGGCCAGGACAUCUCAGAGACUUUUAACCAUGCAAACGGCCUUACUUUAGUUUCACGAGCCCACCAGCUGGAAAUGGAGGGCUUUAACUGGUACCAUGACAAAAAUGUUGUGACGAUCUUCAGUGCACCAAACUAUUGUUAUCGUUGUGGAAACAAGGCAGCGAUCAUGGAACUUGAAGACACACUGAAAUGCUCCUUCCAACAGUUUGACCCCGCCCCGCGCAAAGGAGAGCCCCAAUUGUCGUGGCGAUCUCCAGACUACUUCCUCUAAAGAUCUUGAGAUGGUGAACUUUGGUCAACAAAUGUGUGCCACCAUAUUGAUAAAGAACUGGAAGCAGGAACUCUAUCAUAGACCUCUGCACAUCAAAAAGACUGCAAAACUAUUGUCAAACAGGAAGGACAUUUGCGUAAUAGCACUUAGGCCAGUGAUGUAUCAUUAUCAGAGAUCUGAAAUUAUUCUGUUCUUUGUGCAAUAUUUAAUUUUCUGUCAGAGCAAUGGCAUCACAUUUUGCAUACUCUGCAAAAUUGCAAAUGGUAUCAACGGUGAUGAUAACGUCAUAGUUUGCAGACACUAAUUAAGCACAGAUGCCUAGAAAUACUUAAUUGAGCGAUGAUGGCAAAGGAAAAAAAGACUGUCUGGGUGAUACAUAACUGCAUAUCAUAUAAAUUCACAGAUACCAUGCACAUAGGGCUUGUAGGGUCUAUGAAUAGCGUGGGGGUUGCCAUCAGAGUAAUCUAAUUUGACACAUGGGAAGCGUUAUAAUUUUCUGUCAUGCUGUGAUGUGAUCUCUCUUUGCAGGGGCAGAUGAGUCCCAAAUACCGCCAAAGUCGAACACCACAAAAGUGGUACAGCUUGGACUUCUACCAAUUUUCUGGGGGCAAAAAUAGGACUUCAAUUUCACCAAAAGUGUUAAAACCAUGUGUAACUGUCUGUGAAACCGAUUUCAUUCCCUAUGUAAAUGUAUUUUUCAUGUUAUAAAAAUACAAAUUAGAUUUUGAGUUCAGGAAGUAUUUUGAAAAAUUAAUAAAUAGGAAUAUAAAUAAAAGACAAUAAAUAGAGUUAAAAGGUUUAUGUAAUAGCAAAGCAAAUUUAUAU